CUGCAGUGCCCGAGGUGGGCGGCGAAUUCUGAGUAUAAACGACAGACUGAGCGGGUUUCAAUACUUAAAGAAACGGAAAUAUUGAGAUUUAUAAACACAACGAAUUUAAUUUACAUUCGGUUACGGUCUGCCUCCGCCAAAAUAGAUAAACCUCUGACAAAACUAAUACUACAAGACACAGAUGCAGAAGAGCGCUUGUCUUUUGUUUAUCGAGGCUCGCCGGUACUGGUAACGCGGACGUGCGGAGGUUGAAACGACCCUCUGUUGCGAGCUAGCUGGGUUAGCUAGCCGACUUAACCGAUCAUCUUAACCCGGUGACAGCGCUGACAAACAGACGAAAAACUGACACGAUUGAAUGUGGACUGAUCUCCACCUGCAGGGAAAUCAUGGGAUUGACUGGGAGGAAAUCAGAGAAAGGUCCGCUUUGCUGGAGGAGGCGAGUGAAGUCUGAGUACAUGCGACUGCGGCAGCUCAAACGUUUCAGGAGGGCAGACGAAGUCAAGAGCAUGUUCAACUCCAACAGACAGAAGAUCUUGGAGCGUACAGACAUAUUGAACCAGGAAUGGAAACUGAGACGGAUACAGCCUGUUCAUAUUAUGACACCUGUAAGCUCCUUAAGAGGGACCAGAGAGUGUACGGUUGACAGCGGCUUCUCCGAGUUCAACAGACAAGUCAUUCCUCUCAAAACCCUGAACGCUGUGGCCUCCGUGCCAGUCAUGUACUCAUGGUCACCACUCCAGCAGAAUUUUAUGGUUGAAGAUGAGACCGUAUUGCACAACAUCCCAUACAUGGGUGAUGAAAUCCUGGAUCAAGAUGGCACCUUUAUUGAAGAGCUUAUUAAAAACUAUGAUGGAAAAGUGCAUGGUGAUCAAGAGUGUGGAUUUAUAAAUGAUGAGAUAUUUGUGGAGCUGGUGAAUGCACUCAAUCAGUACAGUGACAAUGAUGAUGAUGAUGAUGAAGAGGAAGAUCAGCACGACUGCAAAUUGGAAAAGAUGGACCUUUGUGAUGGAAAAGAUGACCCUGAGGAUUCUCAUAAGGACCAACCUAAUUCUGAAAGUCACAACAGUGACGAAUCAAAAAAAUUCCCCACCGAUAAAAUCUUCGAAGCCAUUUCAUCCAUGUUUCCUGAUAAAGGCUCACCUGAAGAACUUAAAGAGAAGUAUAAGGAGCUCACUGAGCAGCAGCUCCCGGGAGCCCUCCCACCCGAGUGUACGCCCAACAUCGAUGGACCAAACGCCAAGUCUGUGCAGAGAGAGCAGAGUCUGCACUCCUUCCACACGCUUUUCUGCAGGCGUUGCUUCAAAUACGACUGCUUUCUUCAUCCUUUUCAUGCAACCCCAAACACUUACAAGCGCAAGAACGUGGAAAGUCUGGAGGACGGCAAACCGUGUGGUAUUUAUUGCUACAUGUAUAUGGUUCAGGAUGGUAUGGUAAGGGAGUACCCGGCAGGUGUGGUUGCUGAGCGUCCUAAGACCCCGUCUAAGCGCACAGUGGGCAGACGCAGAGGCAGACUACCAAACAGCAGUAGCAGCAGCAGACCCAGCACCCCAACGGUUAACGCUGAGACUAAAGACACAGACAGCGAUCGAGAGGGUGGGGCAGAUGGGAUUGACUGUAAUGAUAAAGAUGACGAUGACAAAAAGGAUGAGACCACCAGUUCCUCAGAGGCGAACUCUCGCUGUCAGACUCCGGUGAAGUUGAAGUUGAGCUCAGAGCCUCCUGAAAAUGUGGACUGGAGCGGAGCAGAGGCGUCUCUUUUCAGAGUUCUGAUCGGCACAUACUAUGACAACUUUUGCGCUAUCGCCAAGCUCAUCGGCACAAAGACCUGCAGACAGGUUUAUGAAUUCAGGGUAAAAGAAUCCAGCAUUAUUGCACGUGCACCUGCAGUGGAUGAAGAUACUCCUCAAAGGAAGAAAAAGAGAAAACAUAGGUUAUGGGCCACACAUUGUAGAAAAAUACAAUUAAAAAAAGAUGGCUCCUCCAAUCAUGUGUACAACUAUCAACCAUGUGACCACCCUCGCCAGCCAUGUGACAGUUCUUGCCCCUGUGUCACUGCCCAAAACUUCUGCGAGAAAUUUUGCCAGUGUAGCUCAGAAUGUCAGAAUCGGUUUCCAGGUUGCCGUUGUAAGGCGCAAUGUAACACCAAGCAGUGCCCUUGCUACCUGGCCGUACGGGAGUGUGACCCUGACCUAUGCCUCACCUGUGGGGCAGCCGAACACUGGGACAGUAAAAACGUCUCGUGCAAGAACUGCAGCAUCCAGAGAGGAGCAAAGAAGCACUUGUUACUCGCACCUUCUGACGUGGCUGGGUGGGGCAUCUUCAUCAAAGAGCCUGUUCAGAAAAAUGAGUUCAUCUCCGAGUAUUGCGGGGAGAUCAUCUCCCAAGAUGAAGCAGACCGCAGAGGCAAGGUCUAUGACAAAUACAUGUGCAGCUUCCUGUUUAAUCUGAAUAACGACUUUGUCGUUGACGCAACUAGGAAAGGAAACAAGAUCAGGUUUGCCAACCACUCUGUGAACCCCAACUGCUAUGCAAAAGUCAUGAUGGUUAAUGGGGAUCACAGAAUUGGCAUAUUUGCUAAGAGAGCCAUACAGACUGGAGAGGAACUCUUCUUUGACUACAGAUACAGCCAAGCUGAUGCUCUGAAAUACGUGGGCAUUGAACGUGAAAUGGAAAUGCAAUGAGUCUGUGAAUCCAUCUACCUCCUUAAAACAAAUGCCUUACACUCUUCAGGAAUUUUCUUUCCACAUGCAUUUCCAAUACAGUUUAGAUAAAGGAUUUUAUAGGACACGGGCAUCUAUUUGAUAACUUUUUAACAGUGAUGUUUUGGAGACUCUUUUUCCUGUCUUUUUUUUUUACUCGACCAACAGGUUUACUCUGGGAUACACUUUUUUUUUAUAACUUGAACAUUCUGUCAUGUUUACAGCUGCAGCGAACUAUUCAUAAAAAAGGCCAUUGUAUUAAAUUCUGCAUUGUAUUUUUUUCUGUUGCUGUAAGUUAUUUGAACAAUUUCCACCUUUGGACCAAAUUUUACAUUGCUAUACUGACUGUACGGUUACAUAAACCCUGGCUUCUUUUCAAAGUUGUGGAAACCAAAGUCACUUUCAUUUUCGCUUGUAAUUAAGGGGUGCCAACGCACAGUUGCUGUAAAGAUAAAAAUGAAACCGCUUGGCUCAGUAUCAGAAUCUUGCAGUGCCUUGAAAUGUUGAAAAACACUGAAUAGUUUCUUGAAUUAGAUUUCCUGAAAUGUUGUUGAACAGUAUAUCCAUUGUAUGCAUGAACAAAUGUUUCAGAUGGCGUAGGAAUCAGGUAACUCACCAUUGUUUGCUGUUAUUCUAUACUGUUUUUGUAAAGUCUAUCCAGACAAAGUCGCAGCUACGAGCUAGAUGUCACUAAAGAUAGGAUAGGGUGAUUAACUUGUCAUGGUGCUUUUUGUCCCGUAUUAAGUGGAAAAACAAUCACUCAUUCUGAAUCUGGGAUGUUUUUAAGAAUCAAAGCAAUAAUACUGUGCUUGACUUAUGAAAGCUUAAGGACUGUAUUUAUUUUAUCAGCAUAAAUCAGUUUUGUAUAAUUUAUUGAUGCUAUCCUUUGCUGUGAUUAAGCAAUUAUGGUGUUACAUCUUUCCUGACACAUUCACUGUUCAACUAUAAACCCAAACUCUUUCUAACCAAGGGUUUUUGACCACUCCAUCUUUCCGCUUCUUAUUACAAGGUGCUGUUUAAUUGUUUACAGGGACAAACAUUGAAAUAAACGUUGAACAUAA